AGGCGGAGGUCGGGGCAGGGGCGGAGCCGGGGCCAGGACAGGGGGCUGGGACGGGGCCCAGCUCGACUUGGGAGGCCCCGUCGGCUCGCCGCUCUGGUCCCGCGCCCCGGCCUUCGUCCUGGGUGGAAGGCUGAGGCGCAGGCAGUCAUGGCGCUGCGUGCUGCCGUGUUCGACCUGGACGGGGUCCUGGCGCUGCCCUCGCUCGCCAGCUCCUGGGACCGUGCGGAGGAGGAGCUGGCGCUGCCCAGAGGCUUUCUGAAUGGAGCUUUCAUGAAAGGAGGCCCAGAUGGUUCCAGUGCCCGCAUGAUGAAGGGAGAGAUCACAUUUUCCCAGUGGAUGCCAUUCAUGGAAGAAAACUGCAGGAAAUGUUCUGAGGACUCUGGAAUCUGCCUCCCUGAGAAUUUCUCUAUAAAUCAGAUCUUUGGCAAGGCGCUUGCAGCAAGAAAGGUCAACCACCCCAUGCUUCAGGCAGCUCUCACUCUCAAAAAGAAGGGAUUUACAACCUGCAUCCUCACCAACAUCUGGCUGGAUGACAGCACCCAGAGAGGCAGCCUGGCCCAGAUGAUGUGUGAGCUCAGGCCGCACUUCGAUUUCCUGAUUGAGUCAUGCAGGAUCGGAAUGGCCAAGCCUGACCCUCAGAUCUACAAGUUCGUGCUGGACGUCUUGAAGGCCAGCCCCAAUGAGGUGGUUUUCUUGGAUGACUCCGGGGUUAAUCUGAAGCCGGCCCGUGACCUGGGGAUGGUCACCAUCCUCGUCCGUGACACUGACACUGCCCUGAGGGAGCUGGAGAAAGUAACCGGGAUGCAGCUUCUCCAAACUGCAGCCCCCCGACCAAUCCCCUGCGAUCCAAGCACCGUGAGCCAUGGGUACGUGCCCAUAAAGCCUGGGAUGUGUCUGCAUUUUGUGGAGCUGGGCUCCGGCCCUGCCGUGUGCCUCUGCCAUGGAUUUCCGGAGAGCUGGUUCUCUUGGAGGUACCAGAUCCCUGCUCUGGCCCAGGCGGGCUUCCGGGUACUAGCUGUGGACAUGAAAGGCUAUGGAGAGUCAUCUGCUCCUCCUGAAAUAGAAGAAUAUUCCGUGGAAGUGUUAUGCAACGACAUGGUCACCUUCCUGGAUAAUUUGGGGAUCUCUCAAGCCGUGUUCAUUGGCCACGACUGGGGUGGCAUGCUGGUGUGGAAUAUGGCUCUUUUCUACCCCAAGAGAGUGAGGGCAGUGGCCAGCUUGAAUACUCCCUUCAUACCAGCAAAUCCCAAAGUGUCCCCAGUGGAGAUAAUCAAAGCCAAUCCUGUCUUUGACUACCAGCUCUACUUCCAGGAACCAGGAGUGGCGGAGGUUGAACUGGAACAGAACCUGAAUCGGACUUUCAGAAGCUUCUUCAGAGCAAGUGAUGAGACUUUUCUCACCACGAACAGAGUCUGUGAAAUGGGAGGACUCUUUGUGAAUACCCCAGAGGAGCCCAGCCUCAGCAAGAUGGUCACCGAGGAAGACAUCCAGUUCUAUGUUCAGCAGUUCAAGAAGUCUGGUUUCAGGGGACCUCUAAACUGGUACCGAAACAUGGAAAGGAACUGGCAGUGGGGCUGCAAAGGCUUGGGAAGGAAGAUCCUGAUCCCGGCCCUGAUGGUCACCGCGGAGAAGGACUUCGUGCUCGUUCCUGAGAUGUCCAAGCAUAUGGAGGACUGGAUCCCCCGCCUGAAAAGGGGUCACAUUAAGGAUUGUGGACACUGGACACAGAUGGAGAAGCCCGCAGAGUUGAAUCAGAUCCUCAUUGAGUGGCUGAAGACUGACGCCAGCAACCCACCGGAGGUCUCGAAGCUUUAGGGUGUGACUUGUGUCAGCCGCCAGCAGGCACUCCAACCGCUUCAUCUGCUGGGGGCGCUUCUCUGGUACCCGGAUGGGGCCUUACCCGCAUCUCUCAAAACCAGCAGCGUUGUUCUGAAGGGGUUUGCAGCAAAGAGUGAUUUUCUCUAAAUGAAAUGAGUCAGAUUUGACAUAAUUUUAGAUACAGGAAAAAUCACGUGUGAUUAAUUCUCUGGGUAUAAACGUAUCCCUUUAUGUCUAAGGAUUCUGUGGGGGACAGAAUGGGAUGGCCAGGGGGUGAUUUCUCUUUGGCUAAUCAAGUCAGCGUUUUGAUGAUGCAAAAUCAGCAGUUGAGAAGCUUUUCAGCAGAGGUGGGAACUCCUUUAUUCAAUAAAAUGAAGACAGCUGCCA